GAAAGCUCUUCUUCCUCAGCUUUGAAUACAACAGCUCUUGACCAGUUUGAAACAUUUGUUGAAAUGUUUCCCGUCACUCUCAACGACGAACCACCCACAAAAAAGAGGAGGAUGAGCGCUGGAUUUGAAGGCCGUGACGUUUAUGACAAGUGGAGAGGAGAGCAGUACAAGAUGCGCUUAAAUUAUAUCCUCGCUUACAAUUCCAUCUCAGCUCACAUUGGCAGGCAUCAACCGACUUUGGACAAAGUCCGUCUCGUCAUCUCCAAAGAAAAGUGGCACGCAAACCUCCCGGACCUUAAGGAUAUUCUUCAGGCUUGGAUAUCUGAACAGAAGACGAGCAUUGAAAAGGAUGGCAAAAUCAUAAAGGCAGUUUCGGAGCAAAAAUGGAAAGGGCUUCAGAUCCAGGACUUUGGUGGAGAUAAGGGAAAAGGUGUCGUUGCCACCAUGCCAUUCACCAAAGGAGAUGUCCUUUGUGACUACCAUGGCCGAAUAAUCCCGGCAUCUGAAGGAAAGAAAUUGCUUUCAGAACAGCAGAGUGGAGAAAUGGGCUAUCUUUUUUUUUUCAAGACCAGAGGUGGUGCCAGUCUUUGUAUCGAUGCACAGACCUUCCCUUGUGAAUGUCACCCCCUUAAAGACACAUUUGGGAGGAGGAUGAAUCAUUCUAAAAAGAAAUUCAAUGUCAAGCCGGUACAUUUCCAAUUGAAAUUCCCUGAUGGUUGCAGAGACACUAUACUGUUCCUGGCAUCAAAGGAUAUCCAGUGCAAUGACGAAAUCUUGUGGGACUAUGGCGUAAACAAGACAUCAUUCAGAGGUGAAGGUCUUGACUUGGACUGGUUAGAUGAAUGAGACAAACAUUUUUCUGGUGUUUGCUGACAUUGCUGUGCUGGAUUUGCCUCCUAUAUGCCGCUUUUAA